AUGAGUGAUGUAUUCCAAAAGAGGAAACCGCCUAACCCACCGCGACGACAGAGGUCCAUCUACCAGGUACAUUACAAUCUGCGUCCGCGCACAGACGAGAUGACGACGAAGCCGCUUUCAAUGCCGUUUGAUUCACUGGAAGUGCAGAAGUAUAGUCGGCAGGUAGCUGGGCAUACAAACACCGGCAGUGACACCAAAUAUUUAGGUCUCCUGCAAUGCAGUAACGGGACAAUUCUCAAACCAAUUCUUAAGGAAGUGCAAAAACGUGAAAUAGAUUUUUACACAACUGUGUUUUCUUCGAGCGACAAGGAUCUGAUAGAGUUGAGGAAAUUUCUGCCCAAAUUCUACGGUUGUAAGCAUUUCACAUACAACGGCUUCGAGCAGGAGUAUAUCAUACUUGAAGAUCUUACCGAAAGAAUGCUGGAACCGUGCAUAAUGGACAUUAAAGUGGGGAAAAGGACAUGGGACCCCAACGCUUCAGAGGAGAAGAUAGCCCGAGAGCAGAGCAAAUACCAGAAAUGCAAAGAAGAAUGGGCGUUCUGCAUACCAGGCUACCAGGUCUACAAAGUGGACAGCGGCAGACUCCUGAAAUACGGCAAGGAUUAUGGACAAAAGCUACAUGGACAUGUGGUCACCGCAGCAGUAAAGAAUUUCUUAAACGGGUUGGGGACCCGUCCUUGCCGCGCACUGAUACUCCAGUUCCUGUCAUCCUUGUGGGCGCUGCAGAAGUGGUGUGCUCGCCAGACCUCGGUUCGCUUCUACGCGACCUCGCUAUUACUCGCCUAUGACGCGGCCAAGUUGAGGGAAUGCUGUGGGGACCACGGAGACUCUCAUGGAAGAAAGGAAAAAUGUCGUCCAUCUUUGCCACCAGCGCGACGACGAUCAAUACACUCCUUGCAUAGUCCCCUCAGCGGGUCCAACUUUAGCGGACUACUGUCCCCCACGGGACCAGUAUACAAAAAGUUCAAUGCCAUCCCCCUAUCACCCACGAGCAGUCCAAAUUUACCCCCACCAGUGUCUUCCCCCUGGACCGAAGCGCUUGACAAACUAAACCACAACCAUUCGUUUGAAAAUAAUUACGAAGAUAAGCUUUGCAAAAUAAAAAUGAAUUACCGAGCGUUACUCGACCAAUUGUCCCAGGAGACCCCGACACCGAAUCCCUGGGGAACAGUUAAAGUUAUAGACUUUGCACACGCGUUCUUCAACGACGGUGAAGAACGAACCAUAGACUAUAACUUCAAGGAGGGCAUAGACAAUUUUGUUCGAGUUUUCGAAUCGUUGCUGAGUGAGACAGAUGAUCAAGUCUUUUGA